GUUAUUAGAACGUUAUUAUUGUUCAUCGAAACUGCUUCAACAAAAGGACCAAAAAUAAUGGAGAAGAAAGGCAAAAGAAGAAGGCAACAGAAAAAGCUUGAGCUCUCAGCAAUGGCCGCACUUAUUUUCUUAUUCUUCAGUUUUACUCUCGCCAAGGCCAAACCACAACAACAACAAUCCUUCCAACAAAGAAUGAGAAGAAAUCUGGUGGAGAACAACAACAAACCAACGUUGUCACGCGACGUAACAUUGGAAUGGCAGAAUCAUGGACAGGUGGUAAUUGACAAUGGCUUAGUUCGAGUCACAUUAUCUCGUCCAGAUGGCAAUGUUAUUGGCCUAAAAUAUAAGGGUAUUGAUAACGUACUUGAAAUUCACAAUGCACAACAUAAUAGAGGAUAUUGGGACGUGGUUUGGAACCGGCCGAAUAGAGCUAGUGCCACUGACAGAGUAAGGGCGACAGAAUUCAAAGUGAUCACGGUGAAUAGUGACCAAAUAGAACUUUCAUUCACCAAAACUUGGGAUCCUUCUGAUUCUUCUUCACUCCCUUUGAACAUAGACAAAAGAUACAUUCUACGACGCGGCGAUUAUGGAUUCUAUUCAUAUGGCAUAUUUGAAAGAUUAGAUGGAUGGCCUCAAAUUGACGUUGAUCAGAUUAGGAUUGUCUACAAACUCCAAGGGGACAAGUUUCAUUACAUGGCAAUAUCAGACAACAGACAAAGGAUCAUGCCAACGUUACAGGACCGUUUGAUGGGACGACCUCUAGCUUAUCCAGAGGCGGUUCUCUUAACACGACCGAUCAAUUCUAACCUCAAAGGAGAGGUGGACGAUAAGUACCAAUACUCUUUAGAAAAUAUGGAGAACAAAGUUCAUGGAUGGGAGUCGAGUGAGCCACACGUGGGAUUCUGGAUGAUCACGUCCAGUGAUGAGUUUCGCACGGCGGGGCCCGUCAAGCAAGAUCUCACUUCCCACGUCGGCCCCACCACUCUCUCUAUGUUUGUAAGUACACAUUAUGCGGGUAAAGAAGUUUCCAUGAGAUUUGGAGAGGGAGAGGCUUGGAAGAAGGUUUUCGGACCGGUUUUCACUUAUCUGAACUCGGAUCCGACCGGCACAGGAAGUCUCGGUUCACUAUGGGAAGAUGCUAAAAACCAGAUGAGGAUAGAAAGGAGUAAGUGGCCAUACAACUUUGUUGAAUCCGGAGACUUUCCAUCGUCGGACCAAAGAGGCACCGUGAGUGGUCGAUUAUUAGUCCGAGAUAGAUACGCUAAGAACUCACACAUGUGGGCCGAUUCGGCUUAUGUGGGCCUCGCCGCUCCCGGGGAAUCGGGGUCUUGGCAAAAAGAAAGCAAGGGAUACCAGUUCUGGACACGCGCGGACGAGCAAGGAUACUUCUCAAUCGACAAUAUAAGGCCUGGAAAUUACAAUUUAUAUGCUUGGGUACCUGGCGUCGUUGCCGAUUACAAGUAUGACAAGGAAAUCAUAGUUACACCAAGAAGUUCCACCAACCUAAACUUGUUGGUCUUCCACCCUCCAAGACAAGGCCCAACUUUGUGGGAGAUUGGCGUCCCAGAUCGAACGGCGGCUGAGUUCUAUAUACCGAAUCCCCAACCCACCCUCAUGAAUCGCUUUUACAAUAAUUCUAAAUUCCACACCCAAGAUAAUUUUCGACAAUAUGGUCUUUGGGAACAAUACUCUGAAUUGUAUCCCAAUCAAGAUCUCGUCUACAAUGUCACCACUGACAAUUACCGUCGCCACUGGUUCUUCGCUCACGUCACCCGAGCAACUACAUCCGAUAACUAUGAGGCAACCACAUGGCAAAUUGUGUUUCGUCUUCAAGGGCCUAAACAGACUGGUAACUAUAUGCUCCGAUUGGCCUUGGCCUCCUCUACCGACGCAGUCGUCGAUAUACGGUUCAACAACCCAUCUGCCACACGGCCUCAUUUCUCGACCGGGUAUUGGUCCUCGGGAAAAGAUAACGCCAUUGCCAGACAUGGGAUUCAUGGCCUUUAUUGGUUAUUCAACUUCCAGGUUCCCAGCCAAUAUUUGGUAGAAGAUGAAAACGUAAUCUAUCUUACACAGAGAAGACAUACAGGACCUUUUCAAGGAGUAAUGUACGACUACAUACGAUUUGAAGGUGUAGAGUAAAACCAAAUACAAAUAGGAUAAUCACUGAUGACCCAAUUUAUUCAUUUAAAUUCAUUAUUAUAAUUAUAAUUAGUAUUAUUAUUGUUAGAUAGGAAUCUUGUAAUUUGAGUUAGUUUUUCUUUAGUUAGCCAAUCUCUCUGUUUUACUCUUUGUUUCCAAUAUCCAAAAUUCGAGACAAUUUCAUAUUACUAUAACCCAAUUAUCAAAACAAGUUCCAAUAGAGGGAAAAAGAAC